UGUUCCAUGUGAGGUUUCCGUUGAAGAGAAAAUGAGAUACACAUUUCGACGCAAAAGGGUUUGAUAAUCAUUUAAAAUGUACACAAUCAGAAUUCUAUUUCGACAUGCAUCCAGAAGUCUAACAACAAGUUCAGAUAAGCUGGUUGCUGCAAGAUGUCUCCGAACACACGCUUCAGACAAUGCUGCUCAGACGGCAGUUUCAGUUAAAAGAGAAGAUUUCUCUGAAAUAAGGAAGGACAUGCCCGCAAAAGAAAUGAGACCCCUUUACUUGGAUACACAAGCAACAACACCCUUGGAUCCUCGUGUUUUAGAUGCCAUGCUACCAUACUUUGUCAGUUACUAUGGAAACCCACAUUCAAGGACCCAUGCAUAUGGCUGGGAAAGUGAGGCUGCUGUUGAAAAAGCAAGACAACAAAUCGCAACACUAAUUGGUGCAGAUCCCAGGGAGGUUGUAUUCACCAGUGGAGCUACCGAGUCUAACAAUAUCGCAGUCAAAGGUGUGGGCAGGUUCUACAAGAGCAAGAAAAAGCAUGUCAUUACAACACAGACAGAACACAAAUGUGUACUAGAUUCCUGCAGAGCUUUAGAGGCAGAAGGCUUUGACGUCACCUACCUACCUGUGAUGCCAAAUGGACUCAUUGAUUUACAGAAACUGAAGGAUUCUAUCCGUCCUGAUACAAGUCUUGUGUCAAUUAUGAUGGUCAAUAAUGAAAUCGGAGUCAAACAACCAAUACAGGAGAUUGGUGAGAUAUGUCGGGCCAAUAAGAUUUUCCUCCACACUGAUGCUGCCCAGGCCGUUGGUAAAGUACCUGUCAAUGUGAACGACAUGAAGAUAGAUCUGAUGUCCAUUAGUGGACACAAGAUGUAUGGACCUAAAGGUGUCGGUGCGCUUUACGUGAGGCGGCGUCCCAGAGUGAGGGUGGAUGCUCCCCAGAGUGGAGGGGGACAGGAGCGAGGAAUGAGGAGUGGCACUGUCCCUACACCUCUGUGUGUGGGCCUGGGAGCUGCUUGUGACGUCUCUAUGCAAGAAAUGGAGUAUGACCACAAGAGAAUCACAGCAUUGUCAAACAGACUAAUUAACCGACUCCAGUCAGCUCUCCCCCAGGUCAUCAGGAACGGUGACCCAGAACGCUCCUACCCAGGGUGUGUCAAUUUGUCGUUUGCUUUUGUGGAAGGAGAGAGUUUACUGAUGGCACUUAAGGAUGUAGCUUUAUCUUCAGGAAGCGCCUGUACCUCUGCAUCCCUGGAGCCCUCCUAUGUAUUGAGAGCGAUCGGUGCUGAUGAAGAUCUUGCACAUUCAUCGAUAAGGUUCGGGAUUGGGAGAUUCACAACAGAGGAAGAAUUGGAUUACACUGCAGACAAAUGUAUCGACCAUGUUACACGGCUAAGGGAGAUGAGUCCAUUGUGGGAAAUGGUUCAGGAAGGAAUUGACCUGAAAACUAUCCAGUGGUCACAGCACUGAGAGUCAGUUUGGAAGGAUUGUCAUGAUGUCUGUGAUUGUUGAGCCCGCAGAAUGGUACAGGAUACAGCCCUGUUGUGUUGUGUGUAUUUAACUCGUGUAAAGUCAUCAGUUCACCAAUGUACAGCUGAGGUAUAUACGACACAAACCUCUAUGCGGUGGUGAAAUUACACCAGAAGUUAGGCUGUUAUUACCAUUAAAACCAACUUAUAUCGUCCAUGUUAUUAUCUGUACAUGCAUUUACACAUUAUAUUAUUCUAGCAAAGUCUGAGACAUUUACUGUCAGACUUUAAAAAGUACAGAAAAGGUAGUACUUGUUUAUCCUGUAUAGCUCUUGAUAAUCAAAAACAAUUAAAAACUCUCAUAUAUAAGUUAUUAAUAAGAGAUUUACUUGCUUCAUGAUUUUAUUGGUAACUGGUCUGUGUCAGAACAUCACAACUAGAAAAUACUUCAACACAGUUUAUGUUAACUGGUGUUUGUCAAAACUACACAACUAGGAAAUACUUCAACACAGUUUAUGUUAACUGGUGUGUGUCAGAACGACACAACUAGGAAAUACUUCAACACAGUUUAUGUUAACUGGUGUUUGUCAGAACAUCACAACUAGGAAAUACUUCAACACAGUUUAUGUUAACUGGUGUGUGUCAGAACGACACAACUAGGAAAUACUUCAACACAGUUUAUGUUAACUGGUGUUUGUCAGAACGACACAACUAGGAAAUACUUCAACACAGUUUAUGUUAACUGGUGUUUGUCAGAACGACACAACUAGGAAAUACUUCAACACAGUUUAUGUUAACUGGUGUUUGUCAAAACGACACAACUAGGAAAUACUUCAACACAGUUUAUGUUAACUGGUGUGUGUCAGAACGACACAACUAGGAAAUACUUCAACACAGUUUAUGUUAACUGGUGUGUGUCAGAACGACACAACUAGGAAAUACUUCAAUACAGUUUAUGUUAACUGGUGUUUGUCAGAACGACACAACUAGAAAAUACUUCAACACAGUUUAUGUUAACUGGUGUUUGUCAAAACGACACAAAUAGAAAAUACUUCAAUACAGUUUAUGUUAACUGGUGUUUGUCAAAACGACACAAAUAGAAAAUACUUCAACACAGUUUAUGUUAACUGGUGUUUGUCAAAACGACACAAAUAGAAAAUACUUCAAUACAGUUUAUGUUAACUGGUGUGUGUCAGAACGACACAACUAGGAAAUACUUCAACACAGUUUAUGUUAACUGGUGUUUGUCAGAACGACACAACUAGGAAAUACUUCAACACAGUUUAUGUUAACUGGUGUGUGUCAGAACGACACAACUAGGAAAUACUUCAACACAGUUUAUGUUAACUGGUGUUUGUCAGAACGACACAACUAGAAAAUACUUCAACACAGUUUAUGUUAACUGGUGUGUGUCAAAACGACACAACUAGGAAAUACUUCAACACAGUUUAUGUUAACUGGUGUGUGUCAGAACGACACAACUAGGAAAUACUUCAACACAGUUUAUGUUAACUUGUGUGUGUCAGAACGGCACAACUAGGAAAUACUUCAACACAGUUUAUGUUAACUGGUGUGUGUCAGAACGACACAAAUAGAAAAUACUUCAACACAGUUUAUGUUAACUGGUGUGUGUCAGAACGACACAACUAGGAAAUACUUCAACACAGUUUGUGUUAACUGGUGUGUGUCAGAACGACACAACUAGGAAAUACUUCAACACAGUUUAUGUUAACUGGUGUUUGUCAGAACGACACAAAUAGAAAAUACUUCAACACAGUUUAUGUUAACUGGUGUGUGUCAGAACGACACAACUAGGAAAUACUUCAACACAGUUUAUGUUAACUGGUGUGUGUCAGAACGACACAAAUAGAAAAUACUUCAACACAGUUUAUGUUAACUGGUGUGUGUCAGAACGACACAACUAGGAAAUACUUCAACACAGUUUGUGUUAACUGGUGUGUGUCAGAACGACACAACUAGGAAAUACUUCAACACAGUUUAUGUUAACUGGUGUUUGUCAGAACGACACAAAUAGAAAAUACUUCAACACAGUUUAUGUUAACUGGUGUGUGUCAGAACGACACAACUAGGAAAUACUUCAACACAGUUUAUGUUAACUGGUGUUUGUCAGAACAUCACAACUAGGAAAUACUUCAACACAGUUUAUGUUAACUGGUGUGUGUCAGAACAUCACAACUAGGAAAUACUUCAACACAGUUUAUGUUAACUGGUGUGUGUCAGAACGACACAACUAGAAAAUACUUCAACACAGUUUAUGUUAACUGGUGUGUGUCAGAACGACACAAAUAGAAAAUACUUCAACACAGUUUAUGUUAACUGGUGUGUGUCAGAACGACACAAAUAGAAAAUACUUCAACACAGUUUGUUUAUCAGCAUGAAGUCUUAUAUAGAGAGAAUAUUUAAAGACCUUUCUCUAAUACCUUGCGUUACAAGUAUUCUAACACAAUGAUACAUUAACAGCAUUUACAGAAUCCUUAAAAUUUGACACAACUGUGUUAGAAUAAUUGAUUCUUAAGCUUUAAGAGCAUUUUGUGUUGAAAAAUUUUCAAACUGGUAAGUCUGGAACUUUGAUCAAAUUAUAUGUUGUAUCUUCAGUCAGUAGGAAAAUCAGACACCAGUAAUAUUUCUGCUAGACAAAGUCUGGUUGGGGCUUUAUGAAAAUGUCUGUGUUCAUGAAAAAUGCUUAUAAGUUUUUAAUGUAUUGUGAAUAUAUAAAUUGUUUUCUUGUUUUAAGGAGCUUGAUCAGACUUUUUGGGACAUUUACUGUUCGUAUUUGUUAGUUCUCAAUCACAGGAGCAUGACACAUUCCUAUGACCCCAGAAUAAAAAUCUGGGUCAUAGGAAUGUGUCAAGCCCCUGUGUACUCGAUUUGAUCUCUUUCACCAUGUGAGAGAUAGCACCAUUAUAAAGUUGAUAGAAACCUUUAACUCACCACUGAAUAUGUUAGCUUGAAGUGAUAUUAAAGAUCUGGUUUAAUGUUAAUCUUGCAUUUCUUUUCUUUAUGAAUUGAAUCCAUCAGAUAAUAUCAGAAGACAAAAAGUAGUGUUGCCUUAUUUUGUGUGCUGUGAUCUGAAUUAUAUACUGUUUUCUGAUAUUGGGCACCAACAGACAUACAUAGUUUACAUAGAUAGUUUACAUAGAUUUCUCGUAAACAUCCUGGAGGGGCCGCGGUGGCCGAGUGGUUAAGGUGUCCCAACACUUUAUCAACAGCUCUCCACCUCUGGGUUGUGAGUUCAAAACCUACAUGGGGCAGUUGCCAGGUACUGACUGUAGGCCGGUGGUUUUUCUCGGGUACUCCGGCUUUCCUCCACCUCCAAAACCUGGAACGUCCUUAAAUGACCCUGACUGUUAAUAGGACGUUAAACAAAAAAACAAAACAAAAACAAACAAACAUACGUAAACAUCAUGCAGUAAAAUGGACAGCACAGUUUGGUUAUGUAAAAAUGUGGUCCAUGUAUGAUAUUGAUCAUGGUUAUUUUGUCUGUCACUAUCACAUCAACUCUGACACAAGAUACCAGGUCAAACAUGAAUACCUGAAUAUUUUAUUUUAUUUUACGUUAAGUAGUAUCUACAAAGGCAUUCUGUGAAAUACUUAAAAUGUUUAAUUUGAGCAACUGAAUUUGUAAUAAUCAGAUUAGAUUUGAUACAGUCUCCUAUAACUUUGAUUGUAUGUCUAGUAUUCUUAUUGAAAGAUUGCUGUAUAGAUGUACAGCACAAGGACACCGAGACUUGACAAUAAUUCCCAAUCCAUGGUCCAUGUAUAUAUUUAUCAAAUGAUAUAUAACGUACAUAUAUUUGGAGUGUGGAUUAAGAAUCUGUACCAGGUAACUUUUGCAUCAAGGUAUGCAUACAGGAAGAAAGUAUUCUAACAUUCCGUCUGAAACAAACUGUCUAAUGCUGAUAUAUUUCUGGUGAAAACUAUACCAAAUACAGCCAUGCCUCCUAGUCCAACCUCUGGGUAUUCCUAUAUAAAUCUGAAGUGAAUAACAAGGAUAGGCUCUGCACUGUUUAAACAGUGUGUCACUUUGGGAAGAGUAUUCAUGUUAAAAAGGAGGCUUCAUCUCUUACAUAAACACAUUUAAAUUUAGGAACAAAUUGUUCAUGUUAUGGGAUCCUGGUAAACAUUUCUGCAACUAAAGUAUUUAUAAAUUAUGGAUAUUGUGGCUAAGCUGAAGAUGUUAACUGGACAGAAAAAUGAGUCGUUGGUGUAGGAAAAGGUAAAAAUAACUAGCAUGUAUGUCACACCAUACAUGUCACACCUGACAUUUGUUCAAGGAGCAAUAUUGAUCCUGUAUUUCAUAAUUUAUUAAGAUAUCUUAUAAAUACCUACAUGUUUGUGAAAAAUCUUUUAUUUGACCAGAUAUCAUAAUUGUUUGAUAGAACUUACUUUUGCAAGAAGUUUACAUAUUAGAUGUACAAGAUAAGAAGAUACAUUAUCUUAAUAAAUAUUAUAAUAUCAUGAAGUACAGCAUCAACUUUGCUCCUUGAAUAAAUGUCAACUUUUCUUGCCAUAGGUACAUGUAUGUGAUAAAAUUUGAUUUGCUUACUUAUGACAUAGGGUAUAUUUUGAGAGAAACAGUAUAUGUUUUAUUCUCACCCUGCAGUAUGGAGAAUGUAACACGCUGUCAUCUGCAGUUUGUAUGUGUUAAAUGUACAAUUAUACAUGUACUUAAUAUUUUGAAUUAUUUCAAUAAACUGUUCCAUCUUGUGA